CUCUACAUUCACACAACAUAUACAUAUAUAUAUAUAUAUUCAGAUUAUUCGUUAGGGUUGAAAGAUAUGAGCUUUGAAGAUAUUGAAGCGGGUCGUCCGUUGAAUUCAAGGCGAGACCCUUUCAAUGGCAAUCAAGACCCCACUCAAGCCGUUGCUUCGGGGAUUUUUCAGAUCAACACCGCUGUCUCCACGUUUCAGAGGCUCGUCAAUACCCUCGGAACCCCCAAGGACACCCCACAGCUCCGUGAGAAAUUGCACAAGACAAGGUUACAUAUUGGGCAAUUGGUGAAGGAUACUUCAGCUAAACUUAAGCAAGCUAGUGAGACCGAUCACCGUAUUGACGUUAGUGCCAGCAAGAAGAUUACUGAUGCUAAACUUGCAAAAGAUUUCCAAGCAGUUUUGAAAGAGUUCCAGAAGGCUCAGCGGCUUGCAGCUGAAAGGGAGACAGCAUAUGCUCCUUUUGUUCCCCAAGCAGCUCUGCCUUUGAGCUACACAUCCAGUGAGGUCGAAGUAAGUUCAAGUAGGAGUCCAGAACAACGUGCUGUUCUCGUCGAAUCUAGAAGGCAAGAGGUUUUGCUGUUAGACAAUGAGAUUUCCUUCAAUGAUGCUAUCAUUGAAGAAAGAGAGCAGGGAAUACAAGAAAUCCAGCAACAAAUUGGGGAGGUGAAUGAGAUUUUUAAAGACCUUGCUGUGCUAGUCCAUGAACAAGGAGUUAUGAUUGAUGAUAUUGGCUCCAAUAUUGCGGGCUCUCAUGCUGCAACUGCACAGGGAAAAUCCCAACUUGUACAAGCCGCAAAGACCCAACGGUCAAACUCAUCUCUGGCCUGCUUGCUUUUGGUGAUAUUUGGCAUUGUGAUUAUUAUCGUGGUCAUAGUACUUGUGGCUUGAUCAGAAAUAUAUUUCCCUUCAAUAGUAAGAGUGAGCUCGGAAUCUGCCCAGGAACAGGAUGCUAUCUCUCAACUGAUAUCUUUAUUGGUUCAUGCUGUCUUACAAAGUCAUCAAUCCUGACUGAAAUGUGGAUCUUUUGAAUCCAAGAGUUCUAAUUUUUUUUUUUUUUGGUGGAGGAAUUCUAGAGUUCUGUUGUAUUUCAUGACAUUAACUUGUUUUUAUUUUGCAGGGUGGGCGUUUGUGUUGUGUCUUGUAAAUUGUUUUCUGGUUUUUUGGAGUGUAACACAGCUUGUUACAUCGCUAUCGGUAAAAAAUUAUUCUUCUGAGGCAUUCUCGUCAUAAUGCUUAGCUGUUGAAAUUGAACUGUUUGUAAUCGAGUCGGUCACACCUUUGCAUUCACUUGGAUUGUCAUGUGAUGCUUGAAAAGAGUCGCUUUGUAUGUUACUUUUGGUUGAAAUUGCAAUCAGAUAUCAAAAGGAAUGUGUAUAUAUCA